AUGGAGGCCACACAGCUGCGACGACCACAGAUGCGGCCGCGAGGGGAUGAUCUAUCGCCAGGGCGAGAUCCAGGGCCAGGAGGCAGGGAGAAGGAGACCGAGGAGAAGGAGCACGGCGGUGAAGAGGAAGGAGCAGAUAUCAAGAAGGGGCGAUCGAAGAAGCACGAGCCCGUCCUUGCCGCUGCCCUCGCCCUCCUCAAGCACAAAGAGGAGGAAAACGCCUUUGUGGCGCGGGUCGAGGAGGCAACGGAGGGCGAUGAAGGCGACGACGAAGACGAAGGCGCCGACGAAGACGACCAGCACACGCGGGCCGUGUGUCGCCUCGUUCGGGAGCACCUCCGCACGCGCGACCCCGUACUAACCCACGACCUCGCCCCGCACUGGCUCCACGCCUCUCGGCUGGGGCGGGUGGAGGAGCGGCUGGCCCGGUACGCGGACCUGGUGCAGCGGCUGCCGCCCGCCAACCGCGCCGCACUCGCCGCACUCGUCCGCCUGCUGGUCGCCGCCGCGCCCGCCGAGCUCCGACUCGCCGCCUUCGCGUCCGUCCUCUGUCCCAGCCCGAGCCCGGCUAAUGACGCCGACGUCGACCUCCACCUUAAGUCGUGCGUCGCUCUGUGCGCCGAUCUCGUCGCCCACUCGGCCCGGCUCUUCCCGGCGAGCGACGCCCGAGAUGAGGCACCGGCGGCGAACAGCGGCGGCGGUGGGGCCGAGGAGUGGUCGUGGCGCGUGGUCGAGGAGCCGUCGCCGGAGGUGUCGUCGGGCCGGCAGAUGCGGAUGGCCCUCUCGGUCGUCGUGUCGCACGGCCUGGGCGGGACCGUGCGCGCCCGGCUCUACGCCACGCAAUCGCCCGACGGAAAGAAUGCGGAGGGCGACGUCGACUUGGACUCGGGGCUGCUCGUUGUGGAAGAGGAGCCGGCGGCUGGGUCUACCGACCACGACGAUGGCGAUGACGAUGACGACAAUCAAGGGGUAGAGGGCUCGCGGGAGAGCCGCGCGGGCUCCGCGCGUGGACUGACACGCCGCGACGCCGCCAAGCCGUCCGGCGGCUUCGCGGCGGUGACGGCCGUGUCGCCGCUGCAGCGCGAGUCGCUGCUGCUGCUCCUGCCCACCGAGAUCCAGCAGCACAUCUACUCGUUCCUGCCCAUCGGAGAGAUCUUCGCCACGCUGCCGCUCGUGUGCCGCGACGUCCACCAGACCACUCAGCGCGACGACGUCUUCUGGCACGGCCUCUACGACCUCCACUUUGGCGGGCCGCCGCCGGCCCCCUCCAUCGCCGGCGCCGGCGCCUCGGUCGUGGCCGGAUUGAUGGACUCGGGCGGCGGCGGAGGCGGUCGGGGCCGGCGUGGUGGAACCGGCGGCGAGCUGACGACGACCCACCAGCGCCACCACCAGAUCGUCAUCAAACCGACGACCACGACCAGCAGCAGCGGCGGCGGCGGCGGCGGCGGCGGCGUGAAGGUGGCGGGCGGGGCCAGGGACGAGGCGCCAGCGGCAGCUGGUAGGGAGGUGGGCGGCGAGGAGGGCGUGGAGGAGGGCGGCGAGGAAGAGGCGGAGCCCACGGCUCACGUGUGGCGCAAGGAGUGCGAGCGCCUCAUGAAGGAGCUGCGCGACAUGGAAGAGGACUACGCGCGGGAGAUAGCGGUGCUCGACGUGGAGCUGGCGAAGAAGAAGCGGAAGAAGGCGCGCCUGCACAAGCGGCGGCGGAUCAAGUACGCCGUCGAGAAGUGCCACCUGCCGCUCCUCAAGCGUUUCAUCCGCGCCGCCGACGUCUCCGUCGACGUACCCCUCACUGAAAAGAAAGCGACGCCGCUGAUGUUCGCGGCGAUCCGGGGCAACGUGCCGAUCGUGAACUGGCUGCUGGCCAACGGCGCCAACGUCAACGCGGUCGAGGAGGGCUGCGCCUGGCAGCCCAUCAUCCACGCCGCCCAGGGCGGCCACACCGAGGUGGUGAGGAUUCUGCUGUCGCACGGGGCCAAUGUGAACGCGAGGACGGAGAAGGGCGGGACGCCGCUCAUGCACGCCACCUACGAGGGCUACGCGGACGUCGUCAAGAUCAUUCUCGCAGAGCACGGAGCCGAGGUGAACACGCAGUCGAAGAACGGCGAGUCGGCGCUCAUGAUGGCUGCCGAGAAGGGCCACGCCAGCAUCGUGCGCAUGCUAUUAGAAACGGGAGCGGACGCGACGCUGGCGACGCAUCAAAGCAAGAGGACGGCGGUGUGGUUCGCGAAGGAGAACAAGCAGGAGGACAUCGUCGCCCUCUUCGACGAGUUUGCCAAACCAGCCACCAACAGCUGA